ACCAGCUACCGUAAAACCUCGAAGAAGAAGCAGCAGAAGACCAAAACAAGUCGUACAGCUGCGCAAACCGGGGCGAGUCAGACUGUAAAAGUCAUCUGCUCGUUUUCAUGUUAAACGUUAUUUUGUAAACCUGUGUACUUUUAUUUUACAAAAAAAUAAAAUAAAAUAGGAACGAGCCUUAACGUUUCUGCUUACAUACCCAGUGUACAGUUCAGGACAUUACUUUCAGUAUCAACAAAUAAAAACAAAAACCUUACUUCAGUGUAAUAUGAAGUUGAGGGUGAGAGUGAACAAGCAAACGAGCCGGGUGGAGCUGGAAGGACCCGAGCCGACCCUGACCCAACUCAGCACCCGGGUCAAAGAGGACCUGCUGCCUUCAGUGGGACUUGGCUCUGAUACAGAGUUUAAUCUGUCUCUGAAUGGGAAAGAUCCUCUGGUGGACACAGGACAGACUCUCUCCUCGUGUGGUGUGGUGUCAGGGGACAUGGUCAGUGUGAUACUGCUUCAUUCUGACUCUUCAUCUUCCUCACCAUCUUCUUCCUCUCACCAGACACACAAUGUUUCAGCUGUUCAGUGGAACACACCACGGAGUCAGGCUGAAUCGGGUACACAAGAGUCAGCUGCCAGCAGCAGCUACGAGAGCAGAAAGAGUGCAUGUGAUCCUGAGACAGAGGAGAUGGAUAUGGAGAGAGGUGAAGAUGAAGAGGAACCAGUGGGCAUCUACAUCCCUGAGCCCAUGCUGUGCUGUGAAGCAGAGGAAGGGAAGGUCCCUCACUCUUUAGAGACAUUGUACCAGGAUGCUAGGUGCACCAGUGUCUCAGACUGCCUACUGUUAGCUGCACAUGUGUUACUGCUGGAGACUGGCUUUGUGCCACAGGGUUGUGACGUCAGAGCCGGAGAGAUGCCCAGUGGCUGGCGUGUGGCAGGGGGUCUCUACAGACUGCAGUACUCUCACCCACUCUGUGAGAACAGUCAGGCCCAGGUGGUUGCUGUACCAAUGGGCCAAACAUUUGUCUUCAAUGCCACUCUGAAGAUGAGCAGUGCCAUAGAGAGUUCACGGAAACUGGUACUGAAACCGGACGCGUAUGUGACCAAGGACUGGGCAGGUGGAAAUGCUGGAGUGGCCUACAGAGACUUGCAGAAGCUGUCUCGUGUUUUUAAGGAUCAGUUGGCUUACCCACUCAUUGCAACAGCUCGAGAAGCACUGGGUCUGCCUGCACUGUUUGGGCUGGCUGUGCUGCCCCCUGAGCUGCUCCUAAGGAUCAUGCGGCUGCUGGAUGCGUCUUCGCUCCUCAUGCUGUCUGAAGUAUGCAGACACUUGCAGUCUGCUACUAAUGAUGCUUCACUCUGGAAACAUCUCCUGCACCGUGACUUCGGAGGGAAUAGUCAAGCUGGCACCGAGCACAGAGAUACAGACUGGAAAGAGCUUUACAAAAAGAGAUAUAAGCAAAAGAAGGCACUGUACAGAUGCAGAGCGAGACCUUACCCUUUUUCAGUUCCACCAAUUUAUCCUCUUGCUCCAGUGCCCAUUGCUCCUCUACCACUUCCUCUCUUCCCGCCCGGCAUCAUCGGAGGAGAGUACGAUCAGAGACCUGCUCUUCCCCAGGGCAUCCUGCCACGCCCCCGCAUCGACCCCAUUGGCCCAUUACCAGGUCAUGAACCACGUAUUGGGCUUCCCUUUGGCCGGCGUUUGCUGAGGCCAGGUGGUAGCCGAGCUCCAGAUACCAGAAGAGGCUUCAUCUGAAUCCAGAUACUUCUACACGGCCCAGAGGCAUCUAAAACUCUUACAAACAUUAAAACAGGCACACUCAACAUUUUACAACUACUCAGAUUAGUAUACAUGCUCCAGAGACAGGCACAUGUUUUAUCAUCUCCCUAUUCAACAUUCCAGCAUAAAUGGCAUAUAUUGGGAAAAUAUUUAUUUGGACGAUUUAACCCUCCUAUUACCUUCAAAUUUCAAAACGUUUUUUAACCUUGGGGUCAAUUUGACCCCAGAAAUUUAAACCUGAAGAAAAUUAUUAUAAUUAAAAUUGUUCCCCGUG